ACGGAACAGCUUUGAAUAUUUCUAAAGAAACAAAUUUCCGGCGCUAGUAAUUAUCGUCAUAUAACACGCCAGUUCCUCAGCUCUCGUGACAGAAUAUCUAUUUACGUGCUGUUUUUUCUGUCUUGUCCAGAAAGAAAAGCGAUACAAAAUGGCAGACUCAUCGUCGUCAUCGGCGGCGAAAUCUGAUGUCGAGACGGAAGAGUUGCUGGAUCGAAUGCUUACUCGAUUGGCUUUAUGUGACGAUUCUAAGCUCGAGGCUUUGCUCUCCAAGCUCCUUCCUCUCACUCUCUCCUCUCUUUCCUCUCAAUCCACUGCUGUUCGCAACAAGGUUCUUGAGAUUUUGAGUCACGUGAACAAGAGAGUGAAACACCAGUCUCAGAUUGGUUUGCCAUUACUGGACUUAUGGAAACUGUAUACAGAUCUUAAUGCUACUCCAAUGGUUAAGAACUUUUGCAUUGUGUAUAUUGAGAUGGCAUUUGAACGUGUACAUGUAAAUGAAAAAGAAAAUAUGGCUCCUAUGCUUGUAGCUAACAUUUGUAAAGUUCCUCAUCAACACCAAGAAAUCAUCCUGAGAAUUGCUACUAAGGUGAUUGGUGAGUGUCAUGCUGGUCGGAUUGAUGAUGAGGUUGCCAUAAAAUAUAGAUCACUAAGUAGUUCUGAAGAUAGAGAAUUGUUCAUCGACUUCUGCUUUCAUUUGAUGUUGUAUCAGCAGCCAUCUCAAGGUGGAGGAUGUCCAGCUGGGCUUUCAAUUGCUCAGAGCAAUCGUGUUACUGGAAAGCAUCCUUUGAAAAAUGAUGUGCUUCUGAUGAGAAAGUUGGGCAUUUUGAAUGUCAUUGAAGCUAUGGAGUUGGAUCCCGAACUUGUUUAUCCUUUAUAUCUAGCUGCUAGUGCAGAUUGCCAAGAGCCUGUUAAUAAGAGGGGAGAGGAGCUUUUGAAGAAGAAGGCGUCUACUGCUAAUUUAGAUGAUAUGAAGUUGAUGAACAAGUUGUUUUUACUUUUAAAUGGUUCUGCUGGAGCUGAAAAUGUUGCUGCAGAAUCUAGAGUUGCUCCUGCAGGUGUUGCAUUGAAAGUGAAAUUGAUGUCUAUAUUUUGUCGCUCUAUUAGAGCGGCAAACAGUUUCCCAGCAACUCUGCAGUGUAUUUUUGGCUGUAUAUAUGGAAGUGGCACCACUUCAAGGUUGAGGCAGUUGGGAAUGGAAUUCACUGUCUGGGUGUUUAAACAUGCAGAAAUUGAUCAGCUAAAGCUUAUGGGCCCAGUAAUACUUAAUGGGAUUCUGAAGUUACUUGAUGGAUAUUCAAAUACAGAAUCAGAUGUUAUUGCAAGGGACACCAAGACCUUUUCUUUUCAAGCAAUUGGUUUGCUGUCACAGCGCCUGCCCCAUCUCUUUAGAGACAAGAUUGACAUGGCUGUUCGGCUUUUUGAUGCAUUGAAAUUUGAGGUUCAGUCUCUUCGUUUUGCAAUCCAGGAAGCAACCAGUUCUCUUGCUGCUGCAUAUAAGGGAGCCCCAGCUAGUGUGCUGAUGGAUUUGGAGAUACUUCUGUUGAAUAAUUCCCAAGUGGAACAAAAUGAAGUACGUUUCUGUGCUGUGAGAUGGGCGACGUCUCUAUAUGAUUUGCAACAUUGCCCAAGUAGAUUUAUUUGCAUGCUUGCAGUGGCUGAUUCUAGGUUGGAUAUAAGGGAAAUGGCAUUUGAAGGCUUGUUUCCUGUCAAAGAAGAAGGCCGAAGUACCAAUCAAAAUCUCGAUCUUAGAUAUCCAAAACUCGGAGGCAUGUUGGAUUAUAUCCUAAAACAGCAACCAAAGCUGUUAGACUCGGGUGACUUGAGGGAACAAAAGCUUGUUUUUCCAUCAAAAGUGUAUGUGGCUAUGAUUAAGUUUCUGUUGAAAUGCUUCGAAUCAGAGUUGGGGCAAAAUAACUCUUUGGAGAGAUCAUCUGAAUUUCUGGCUGCAGUGGAAACAAUGUGUUUACUUCUAGAACAUGCUAUGGCAUAUGAAGGCUCUGUUGAGUUGCAUUCCACUGCUUCGAAAGCAUUAAUUACGAUUGCAUCAUUUCUUCCAGAGAUGAUAGCAUCCCAUUAUGCAUCUAAAAUCUCAUGGCUAAAGCAGUUAUUGAGCCAUGUAGACUUAGACACUCGUGAAUCUUCAGCACGCCUACUUGGCAUAUCUUGCUCUGCUCUUACUAGUCCUGCAUCAUCCAAUCUCAUAUGUGAACUACUGUCCUCAAUUAGCGGAACAAACAAUUUGAGGUUUGAGGCACGUCAUGGAGCAUUAUGUGCUGUUGGAUAUAUCACUGCAGAUUGUGUAUCUAGAACGCCUGCUAUUCCAGAGACAUUGUUUCGGAAUAUACUUAAAUGCCUGACUGAUGUUGUUAACUCUGAGACUGCAAGUCUGGCCUCUGUUGCAAUGGAAGCAUUAGGUCAUAUUGGGCUACGACUACCGUUACCUCCACUUGCUGAUAAUUUAACUUCAGUUGAGAUUCUAUCACUAAUACGUGAAAAGUUGAGCAAACUACUAUCAGGCGAUGAUAUUAAAGCAACUCAAAAGAUUCUUAUCUCCCUUGGACAUAUCUGUGCAAUGGAAACAUCGACUUUACAACUGAAUAUUGCUCUUGAUUUGAUUUUUGGUCUCUGCCGGUCAAAGGUUGAGGAUAUCCUUUUUGCUGCUGGAGAGGCUCUUUCAUUUUUGUGGGGUGGUGUUCCUGUGACAGCUGAUUUGAUUCUCAGAACUAACUAUACUUCACUUUCCAUGACAUCAAACUUUCUCUUGGGAGAUGUGAACUUCUCGUUGUCAAGAUAUAGCUUUAAUGGGAAAUGUGAAACUAAUGAAGACUACCAUGCCACAGUUAGAGACGCAAUUACAAGAAAACUUUUUGACACUCUUUUAUACAGUAGCAGAAAAGAAGAGCGCUGUGCUGGAACUGUUUGGUUAUUAUCAUUGACCAUGUAUUGUGGCCAUCAUCCCACCAUCCAACAAAUGCUUCCCGAAAUUCAGGAGGCAUUUUCUCAUCUACUAGGUGAACAGAAUGAACUUACACAAGAGCUGGCGUCCCAAGGCAUGAGUAUUGUGUAUGAACUUGGUGAUGCAUCGAUGAAGAAAAACUUGGUAGAUGCACUUGUAUCCACUUUGACUGGUUCGGGGAAAAGGAAAAGAGCUAUCAAGUUGGUUGAAGACUCUGAAGUGUUUCAAGAGGGAGCUAUUGGCGAAAGUCUCAAUGGAGGGAAACUUAGCACUUAUAAGGAACUUUGCAAUCUAGCUAAUGAGAUGGGUCAACCAGACUUAAUUUAUAAGUUUAUGGAUCUGGCUAAUCAUCAAGCUUCUCUAAACUCCAAAAGAGGUGCUGCUUUUGGGUUUUCAAAGAUAGCUAAGCAAGCUGGGGAUGCUCUGCAACCUCAUUUACGAUUAUUGAUUCCACGGCUAGUUAGGUACCAAUAUGAUCCUGAUAAAAAUGUUCAGGAUGCGAUGGGACACAUAUGGAAGUCGCUCGUGGCAGAGCCUAACAAAACUAUAGAUCAGCACCUGGACCUCAUUAUUGAUGAUUUAAUAACACAAUGUGGAUCUAGGCUUUGGCGAUCACGUGAAGCUUCCUGUCUUGCCCUUUCAGAUAUUAUUCAAGGACGAAAAUUUGAACAGGUUGGUAAGCAUUUGAAGCGAAUCUGGACAGUAUCAUUCCGUGCCAUGGAUGACAUAAAGGAAACUGUCCGAAAUGCUGGUGACAGAUUAUGCCGUGCUGUAUCCUCAUUAACAAUAAGAUUAUGUGAUGUUUCACUUACUGAGAUAUCAGAUGCCAGGAAGGCAAUGGAGAUUGCUUUGCCGUUGUUGCUUGCAGAAGGCAUAUUAAGUAAAGUUGACAGUAUUCGCAAGGCUUCAAUUGGAGUUGUCAUGAAGCUGGCAAAGGGUGCAGGGGUUGCACUUCGUCCACAUUUGUCUGAUUUAGUUUGCUGUAUGCUUGAAAGUUUAUCAAGUCUUGAAGACCAAGGGCUUAAUUAUGUUGAGUUGCAUGCAGCAAAUGUUGGGAUACAGACAGAGAAGCUUGAGAAUUUGCGAAUUUCAAUUGCAAAAGGUUCUCCAAUGUGGGAAACUCUUGACCUAUGCAUAAAUGUUGUGAACACUGAAUCACUGGAUCUCUUGGUUCCUCGGCUUGCUAAUUUGGUUCGAUCGGGGGUUGGCCUCAAUACUAGGGUUGGCGUUGCCAGCUUCAUUAGCUUAUUGGUUCAGAAGGUCGGUGCAGAUAUAAAACCAUUUGCAAGCACACUAUUAAGGCUGUUGUUUCCAGUAGUAAGGGAGGAGAAGAGUGCUGCUGCAAAACGUGCCUUUGCAAGUGCUUGUUCCGUGAUUUUAAAGUAUGCAGGUCCAUCUCAGGCUCAGAAGUUGAUUGAAGAUACUACAGCUUUGCAUACUGGGGAAGGGAAUGCACAAAUUUCAUGUGGAAUUCUUUUAAAAAGCUAUUCCUCAGUGGCGUCUGAUGUAGUAAGCGGAUAUCAUGCGACAACUUUACCAGUUGUCUUUAUUUCAAGAUUUGAUCAUGAUAAGAGUGUUGCUGGGCUAUUUGAGGAGUUGUGGGAAGAUACCACAAGUGGUGAAAGGAUUACUGUUCAAUUGUAUUUAGGAGAAAUUGUUUCUCUAAUUUGUGAGGGCCUUGCAUCAUCAUCUUGGGCAAGGAAAAGAAAGUCAGCCCAGGCAAUUUCCAAGCUCUGUGAAGUUUUGGGUGAAUCCUUGUCUUCUCACCACCAUGUUCUGCUUGAGGCUCUUAUGAAGGAAAUUCCUGGUCAGUUAUGGGAGGGAAAGGAUGCUCUCUUAGAUGCAAUAGGUGCACUUUGUGCAUCUUGCCAUAAAGCUAUUGCCUCUGAAAAUCCUUCUACCCCCAGGGCAAUUUUGGAUAUGGUAUCUUCUGCAUGCACAAAAAAGGUGAAGAAAUACCGUGAAGCAGGUUUCUCUUCCCUUGAUCAGGUUAUAAAAGCGUUUGCUGAUCCAGAUUUCUUUAAUGCCAUUUUCCCACAAUUAUGUGGGAUGUGCAACUCAGCUGUUGCUAAUAAAUCUGGCCGAACACCUAUUGCAGGCGAUGCUGGUAAAGCAGAAUCAGAUGAUAUUAAGGACUCUUCUAUCCCACUGGAAAAAAUUCUAGUCUGCCUGAUGUCUUGCAUCCAUGUGGCACGCAUGAAUGAUAUUCUUGAAGAGAAAAAGAACUUGAUGGAUGUGCUAGUAAUUUGUCUCUCACCCGGGUUUCAGUGGACAGUCAAAACAUCAGCAUUCUCAUUAAUUAAAGAACUUUGCUCGAGGUUCAGCAUCUUUGAUGAUGCUGAAGGACUGUCUCUACAAGCAAGCAUAACUUCUAUAGUUCAGGAGUUAUUUCGCACUGUAUCGCCUAAAAUAUUUGAAUGCAUAAGCACAGUAAAGAUAGCCCAGGUCCACAUCACUGCUUCAGCGUGCCUUCUGGAGAUCGUCAAGCUGUACAGACAGCUUGCAUCUGUGAAUGGGGAAGAUGUAGGGUUUAAAGGAGAGCUCCUUCAUCAAUACGAGGUGGAAAAAAAUGAGGAAGCAAAGACAUAUUUGAGGAGAUGUAUAGACAUCUUUGAAAACCUGCAAGGAAAGAACUUCUGAGCAUUCAGAAUUUCUGUACUCUAGGAAAUAUACAUACUAGUGCUUUUUCACUUUCUAUGUUGCCAUCAUUAGUUCAGCAAUUAUUAAUAGUGAAAGUUGAGGUAGGUAGGAGACAUAUUCAAGUGUAUCAAAAUUUAUACACUCUUUGGUUGUUGAAACAUAUGGUGCACAGUGAGGUCCGCAUUUCUCAUUAAAGGUCAGUCAGAUAUACAAUUGUUCAAGGAUUUCUCUACUCAUUUUUCAAGUCAGUACUGUCAUGGUAUGGAUGCCUCUGGUACAGGGUUAAUGAAAUGCAAUUGUGACGGUUUGUUCGUUCGACACAUGGAUUCUGAAAGAGCGCAGACAAUUGACAAGUGUUUUGUUAACAAAGUUAGAAGCAUAGAUGCUACAAACAUAUAUCCUGUGUAAGUUUUAUAGCAGAGAAUUAUUUUGUUAACCAAGUUAGAAGACAAACAUAUAUCUUAUGCAAGUUUUAUAGUUAUACUCU